AUGAAUACAUCUGUUGGCGAUAUAACUGACAACUGUAGUACCCCAAGAGACUACCAGUUCUACCUCUUCCCAGCAGUCUACAGUCUGGUGAUGGCAGUGGGCCUGCCAGGCAACGUGGGAGCCCUCUACGUGUUCAUCUUCAAGACAACUCCCCGCACAUCCUCUAACGUGUACGUCAUUAACCUGGCAAUCGCCGACACCACCUUCCUCUGCACCCUGCCCUUCAAAAUCCACUACCACCGCAACAGCAACGACUGGGUAUUCGGAGACGUGGCCUGCCGCAUCACAGGAACACUGUUCUUCGCCAACAUCUACAUCAGCAUCGCCUUCAUGACCUGUAUCUGUGUGGAUCGAUAUGUGGCCGUCGCCUAUCCUCACACUUAUCUGAGGCUCCGGAACUCGCGUUGCACUGUACUGGUGAGUGUGGCAGUGUGGGUGGUGGGGGUGGCGGCUGUUCUGGCCUUCAUCCUAGUGGGACCUCUGGAAAGCCAGCACCGUAGCUGCUUCGAGAACUUCUCCCGGCACGAGUGGGACAGGCGUCUGCUGCCGUAUAGCUUAUUCAGUCUCGUCGUCAGCUCGCUACUGCCCUCUGUGGUCAUCCUGGUGUGUUACCCUCUGGUGGCGCGGCGCAUCGCUCUCAUCCGGACCAACACAGCCCGCGGAGCCCUGAGGGUCAUCUACACCAUCCUGGUUAUCACCCUGAUCUGCUUCCUGCCCUACCAUGUGGUUCACUUCCUGCAUCUGCUCCGCCGUCUAGGGGUCAUCCAGCACUGUCCCUAUGCAAACGCCAUCUACAAUGCCCGGCGGGUGACCCUGGCCCUCGUCAGCCUCAAUAGCUGUCUGGAUCCCCUGCUCUACUACUUCACCACCAGUCACUGUAAGUGGAGUCCCUCAAAGGCCAGGUUCAGAUGGCUGUGGGCUAGGAGGACCAUGGGAGUCUACACCAUCAACGUGAGACCGUGA